UGGAAAAAUCCAAAGCUAGUGUUUGUUUGUUUGAUGAGUUUUGGAGGGGUGUUUGAGAGGGGAACGGGUGCAAGAGUUGUGUCUGAGAUACCAUUCAGUAGUUUGGGGAUGCCUGGUGGACCAAUCUCUCAGACUCGUCUUGUUUCCGGCCUUUCUCUUGGCCUGCAACCGGACGGCCGGAGUGAGAUGAACCGGAUGACUGCCAUUGGAGGAGCAGCAGCAGCAGGAGGUGGUGUGGGCUCUGAUUCAGUGAACAAGAACAACAAUAACAAUAACAAGGAUGAUGAGAAUGAGAGCCGGUCUGGGAGUGAUAACUUAGAAGGAGGUUCUGGUGAUGAUCUUGAGCAUGAGAAUCCAAGAAAGAAGAAACGUUACCAUCGUCACACUCCCCAGCAAAUCCAAGAACUAGAAGCGCUUUUCAAGGAAUGCCCUCACCCUGAUGAGAAGCAAAGGAUGGAACUCAGCCGGCGGUUGUGUUUGGAGAGCCGGCAAGUCAAGUUCUGGUUCCAGAACCGCCGUACUCAAAUGAAGACUCAGAUCGAGAGGCAUGAGAACUCGAUAUUGAGGCAAGAGAAUGACAAGCUCCGAGCCGAAAACAUGUCUAUCAGAGACGCUAUGCGGAACCCGAUCUGCAACAGCUGUGGUGGCCCGGCGAUGCUCGGCGAAGUCUCGCUCGAAGAGCAGCAUUUAAGGAUUGAGAAUGCCCGGCUUAAAGAUGAGUUGGAUCGAGUUUGUGCACUUGCCGGCAAGUUCCUUGGCAGACCAAUGCCUAGUCUUCAGCCAAAUCAUCAUACAAACACUCCUACUAACAUCAAUGCUUCACUAGAACUCGGAGUUGGAAGCAAUGGAUUCAAUGGUUUGAGCUCGGUUGCGCCGACACUCCCCGUCGUGCCUGAUUUCUUGCCGGUGGUGUCGAGCCCUUUGGGGAGUGUUGUUUCGGCAUCGGUUUCGGCUCGGAGGAUUGAUAGAUCUCUUGAGAGGUCUAUGUUUCUUGAGCUCGCAUUGUCAGCAAUGGAUGAGCUAGUUAAGAUGGCUCAGAUGGAUGAGCCUCUUUGGUUUCGGAGUUUGGAUGGUGGCAAGGAUUCUUUAAAUUACGACGAGUAUCAGCAAUUGUUUCCUCGGUGUAUCGGAGUGAAACCGGCCGGUUUCAUCUCCGAAGCGACGAGGGAGACCGGGAUUGUGAUCAUCAAUAGCUUGGCACUCGUCGAAACUCUCAUGGAUCCGACUCGGUGGGCAGAUAUGUUUCCUUGUGUUGUUGCUAGAGCUACUGCUACUGAUGUUAUUUCCACCGGAAUGGCUGGCACUAGAAAUGGAGCUUUACAACUUAUGAAUGCUGAGCUGCAAAUUCUCUCCCCACUGGUUCCAAUCCGGGAGGUGAAUUUCCUGAGGUUUUGCAAGCAACACGCUGAAGGAAUUUGGGCUGUGGUUGAUGUGUCAAUUGAUGCAAUAAGUGAAAACUCAACCCCAACCUCUUGCAGAAGAUUACCGUCUGGUUGCCUGGUGCAAGACAUGCCCAAUGGCUACUCCAAGGUCACGUGGGUUGAGCAUGCUGAAUAUGAUGAUUCCGCCGUGCACCACCUCUACCGGCCGCUCCUGCGCUCGGGCUCGGCCCUCGGCUCACCGCGCUGGCUCGCCACUCUCCAGCGACAGUCUGAGUGUCUCGCCAUUCUCUUGUCAUCCUCCGUCCCCGGCCGUGAUCACACUGCUAUAACUGCAAGUGGUAGGAGGAGUAUGUUGAAAUUGGCCCAAAGGAUGACCGGGAGCUUUUGCACGGGUGUGUGCGCGUCUACCGCACACAAAUGGAGUAAAUUGUGUGCACCGGGGAUUGGAGAGGAUGUUAGGGUGAUGACUAGACAGAGUGUGGAUGAUCCCGGUGAGCCUCCGGGUGUUGUACUUAGUGCCGCGACAUCAGUGUGGUUGCCUGUAUCGCCGCAGCGUGUGUUUGAUUUCUUGCGUGACGAACGCCUGCGCAGCGAGUGGGAUAUACUGUCUAAUGGUGGUCCUAUGCAAGAGAUGGCUCAUAUUGCUAAGGGCCAAGAUCAUGGCAAUGCCGUCUCGCUUCUCCGUGCUAGUGCGGGGAACUCGAACCAGAGUAGCAUGCUGAUAUUGCAAGAGACAUGCACCGAUGCGUCUGGUGCAUUGGUGGUGUAUGCGCCGGUUGAUAUACCGGCAAUGCACGUCGUGAUGAACGGCGGUGAUUCAGCUUAUGUCGCGCUCCUCCCCUCCGGCUUCGCCAUCGUCCCCGACGGCCAGGGAAAUGUCAGCAAUGCAGCAACAGCUUCCGGUUCACCAAGAAUCGUCGAUGGAGGUUCACUAUUAACCGUCGCAUUUCAGAUACUUGUCAACAGUUUACCGACCGCAAAACUCACCGUCGAAUCAGUGGAAACAGUGAACAACUUAAUCUCAUGCACGGUUCAGAAGAUCAAAGCUGCUCUUCAAUGUGAGAGCUAAGAGUUUUAUUUUCUUUUAUUUUUCCUUUUUUAAGGUUCAAUGUAAUACUUAAGGGAAAAAGAAGAGAAUAACCUUAAUAGUUGUUUUUUUUGGUGUGGGAGUGAUCACAACAGAGUGGGGCUGAGUCAAGAACGAACCAAUAAAGAAAAAAAAAACAGAAAUACAACCUUUGCUUGCAAUGGUGGUGGUUCGGGUAUUGACUCAAGACUCUCCCACAUCAUGUGGUGAUCUUUCUCCAACCCAAAAAUUAGAAAAAAGACCAUGUUGUGUUCUGUUAUUAGCUUUGAACCUAGAGAACAAACUAUCUUGGAUGAUGUUUUCCUUUUAUUUAAUUAAUGAAUGGGAAUGGAUUAGUAUUA